GGUCCAGAGGGUGGCGUUAGCGCUCGGGACGGACUGACUCCCAAACUCCCCGAGAAGGAAAAAUACUGAGGGAGGAGGAGGAAAAAGAAAACUUAGGAGGAAGGAGGGGGAGGCCUGCUGCAAUAAAAUAAUAAUAAUAACAUCGAGGAAAUGAACUAAAGUCAAGCGGUGUGUUGGACUUCGUCUCAGCGACGAGGUCGUGGACGUCUCCAUGUCUGGGACGUUGUUCAGCUUGCAGCAGAGAAGGAGCAACAUGUCUGAUUAAAGUACAAUGUUUAUGUUACUCUGACACAAUUAUACUAUCCUACUGUAUUUCACAGACAUGCCUUGGUGCCCAAACAUCAAAAGGAAAUAUCACCUUUGACCACACAGCCUGGCUUUAUCACUAAGUUGGAGCCAGCCCUCUUUUAUUGUUUAUAUCAGGUAGCAGUUUCUCAGUGUAAACACGGGCUCAAAUCGAGCUGUCUCCAUCUAAACCAUGGUAGAUAAUCGCUAUGCCACAGCUCUGGUCAUCGGCUCUGUUCUGAGUCUGCUGGCCACAGUCUACCUCUCUGUGGCUGUGGGAACCCAGCACUGGUACCAGUACAGCAGUCCACCAGUAAAGCAUGAGGGAGCACUGCAAAGUAAUGCCUCCGAGUUCAUCAGUGGAGACUUUGAUGAGAAGUCCUAUAGUGACACCAUGUUUCGCCUGAAUGGCACCCUGGGCCUGUGGUGGAGGUGCAUCCUGGUGCCUGGACAGACACACUGGUUUAAAGAACCAGACCCAAAGUUGGAGACGCAGUGUGUGAGCUUCACCCUUCCUCAGCAGUUUAUUCCAAAGUACAAAUUCACAGGAAAGGACAACGGUGAAGAAGAUGUGCUGAGAACAUACCUGUGGAGGUGCCAGUUUCUCCUGCCCUUGGUAUCUCUGGCUUUGGUGUUUCUGAGUGGCCUUGUUGGGGUCUGUGCCUGCCUGUGCCGCAGCUUCACGCCCACUUUGGGGGUUGGAGUGCUCCAUCUUCUUGCAGGCCUGUGCACUUUGGGCAGCGUCUGCUGUUUCCUGGCCGGGGUGGACUUGCUCCACCAGUUCUCCGCACCACCUGAAGGGGUGGAGGGCUCGCUGGGCUGGUCCCUCUACCUCGCCCUCAUCUCCUUCCCUCUGCAGAUGAUGGCUGCUGCUUUGUUCAUGUGGGCGGCCAGGAGCCACCGCAAAAACUACACCCGCAUGACUGCUUACAGAGUAGCCUAAAGGGAGAUGACGACAACAAGUUACCUGAAAACCGCUUUCUGGUAAACAGACAAGAAUUUCUACAUAAUUUUGUUUCUUAGAAAAAAAAGUAUGCAAGUCAAAGAACUGUACUGGUUGUAGUUUUUCACUUCCUUUUUCACCAUCUAAAGUAGAUGAAAUUAUCACAUUGUAUCAGGUAUAGCAAAAAAAACCAAACCAUUUUGCAGCUAAUCAUCUUAAGUGCUUGUAAAAAAAAAACAAAACAAAAAGGGUGUCAUAUCCAUGAUUUGUCUUAUUCUGCCUUUUUUAGCAUCUCAGAUGUACCUUAAAAAGCAUGUUCUUUACUGUACUUUAGCUAUUUUAGCCUGGAUUUAAAGAGUGAUUUAUUGUUUUGUGUGAGCUGUGUUGCUGUGCAAUUCUUUUUCUGCCUUCAUUUCAGUUGCCAUUGCUUCAAAAGCUGCUCAUCACCAUAUUGUCCUUAAAUCAAUAACAGACCAUAAACUUGCACAAAACUUAAGAUAUUCACUUAUCUAAGCCAGGGUAGCUUUCACAUUUAAGUGCAUGAAAGUUUAAAAGCCCCAUUUUUGUAAUUUUUUAUGUUUAUUCUUGUAUUAUUUAAGAAAUGCAGCCUUUGCUUUGCAUGCUUUUUUUCGGCAGAUGUUUCUGUUGACUGUGGUAAUUGUUGAUUUCUCUCUGUGGUUUGUGUUACUCAAUGACCUUCCUUCAAAUGUAACCACUCACCUCUGAUUUUCCUGUGUUUACAGAUCUAGUAUUUAUUAAUGCAGUUCAUUUGAAUGUAAAAGUUCCUUUGAUUUGAUGCCACUCAAGAAAAAACUGUGAUCUUUUUGUAACAUUUAAAUUCAAAUGUUCCAACCCAAAAUUACACUACUGCCAUUUCACAUUUGUUGAAGAGGAGUUUCACUGUUUUUAGCUGCAGCACUUCAGGUGUUUUUUUUCUAAUCAUGGUCAUUUAGUUUCAUCAGUCACUCAACUGACUGGUUUGACUGCCAAUUAUCAGGUUUGCAUUAAUUAACCCUAUUUAAAUGUCUAUGAUAUCCUACAUUCAAAGAUGCCAGGGACUGACAAAUUCAAAUAUGAACUGAGGGACUGACAAAUUCAAAUAUGAACUGAGUUUGCAAAAUCUAAAUUUGCAAAUAAAUUUGAUGAAUCUGCAUCACAUCAACAUCUGCAUAGAUUUUUGUGAUGAAUUUCCUACUUCAUAGCACCAAAAAAAUAAACUGUGGUAUUUUCAUAUCACAAGGUUUUGUUACAUGUAUGUUGUGUACACACACUCUUGCUUUUGUAAAUGUUUAUAUGUACUCUGAAGCACACUGUAACUGAUUCUGUAACAAUAAAUCUGUCACUUACUGA